CCUAGUGAAAAGUUCAGAGCGUUCAGGAUUACCUCUGAUUACCUGUCCGCACUUGUCACGCUACGGCCGACGACGACAGAGCCGAGAACACCUGGGCCACCGUUCAGCUACAGCAGCAGCAGAGCUCCUAAGCCUUAGCACCUUCACUUCAGCUGGUCUGUCCUGGUGGGAAGAUGCCUCCUCCUGUCCCGACUGAGCGGAGGAUGAGCGCUGUGGGCUCUCACUCCAACCCGGAGAUGUUUCUGGGACAGGAUUACCACCAGCUCCACAGGGACUUCUACGAAACCAGAGCCCGAUUCCUGGACAAGACAUUCCUCCCGAACGAGAAGGCCAUCGGGCCCGGCCUGCUCACUGACGAGAAAAUGGCUAGAGUGCAGUGGAUAAGGCCUACGAGACUGGUGAGAGAUCCUCAACUAGUCGUGGAUGGAGAAUCCAGGUUCGACUUCGCUCAGGGAGAGCUCGGAAACUGCUGGUUCCUGUCUGCGAUCGGAGCGAUCACGUUUCAGACUGAUAUCAUGGAUCAGAUCAUUCCUGGAGGCCAGUCAUUCAGAAAGGAAUAUGCAGGAAUCUUUCACUUCAGGUUCUGGAGGUUCGGGAGGUGGAUUGAUGUUGUGGUAGACGACAAACUGCCGACAAUCGAUGGGCAGCUCAUUUUCGUGCACUGCAAGACUCGCAACGAGUUCUGGCCCGCUUUGCUGGAGAAGGCCUAUGCCAAAGUGUGCGGCUCGUACGCGGAUUUGAACGGCGGGUUUGUGUCCGAGGCGCUGACGGACUUCACCGGGAGGGUGCACAUGACUCUGACCCCGAGGGAGGGUCACCCCGAGCUGUGGGGGCUGAUGUCCCGGGCUGCACAGUACAGGUCCAUCAUGGGCUGCGGCACUCCACAGGGGGCCACUCCUGCUAACACAGAGCUGCCCAAUGGCAUAGUGGAAGGCCACGCCUACACCGUAACAGGAGUUACCAAGAUGAAGACCGAAAGCGGUGAGUCAGUGAAACUGCUGAGGCUCCUGAACCCGUGGGGACACCGAGAGUGGAAGGGGGACUGGAGUGAUAACUCUCCUCUCUGGAGGAUGGUCAGCACAGAACAGCGCACCAGGUUGCUGGACAGUAAAAAUGAUGGAGAAUUCUGGAUGACGAUGGACGAUUUCUGCAGGAGCUUUGUGAACGUGGACAUCUGCUGUUACACCCCUGCCUUCCUGGACGGCUCGCCCCCAAAGAGCUGGACCACAGCGCAGUAUGAAGGAUGCUGGGAUGAGAGAACGGCUGGCGGCUCCAUGGACCACCAACAAAGUUUCUGGACAAACCCUCAGUACCGAGUGAAGAUCCCGGCGAAAGAGCCGGAGCCAGGGGAGCCCCAGGGGCCCAACCUGCUGGUGUCUCUCAUGCAGAAACCUGACAACAGGCACAGACGCCUCACCCAGCACCUCCACAUCGGCUUCAGUAUUUUUGCGAUCCCACCCGAGAUGAAAGAUCAGACGGCGUUUCCAGCCUCUUUCUUCACCGCUAACGCCCUGGUGGCACAGUCUCAGGGCAGCUCCAACACACGGGAGGUGAUGGAUUACUACAGCAUAAGGCCUGGAAGAUACCUCAUCGUGCCUUUCACCUACAAACCCAACGAGACCACCUCAUUCGUCCUGACCGUCCACUCAAAGAGAGAAUAAAAGAUCAACCUCAUCAAGACUGAACAGGACGACUGAUGGACUGACGACUGUAGUCACGAUCAUUUUCCAUCAACAGCUUCAUAUUUUGUGACAUGAAAGAAGAAAAAGAAUCACUAUCUCCGCCUCAUCUCCAGAAGAAUGGUGUCAGUUGCAGAUUUUGUUUUCGUCCUUUUAUCUAUUUAUUUAUUUUUGUUUUAUUUUCAUCCUCUUCCAGAAUUAUUGGUACGAAUAGAGCCGAAUCAGAAUCGCCGUUUAUGCUGAAAAUUCGAGCUGUGUGAUUUGACUUACUGUGUAAGACAGCAUAUGUGAUUAUACGUCCUCCCAAUCGGAUCCCGGAGAAUUCUGAAUGUCAUUUUGGAAAUCAUCCAUUGUUUUCUGUUUUUUAUUUGUUUGUGUUGGCACUCAGCUGCCUCAUGUUUAGAAACUGAUUAAACACAUCUGUGCUAA